AUGGAACCGACUCUAGGGUGGCUCCAACCUUUACUUAACGACGUGACCUUUUUUGUACAGCUCGUGUUCGCUAUUAUCGGUUUGCUGGCCAUCAUCAAGCCGGUAAUCCAGACUAGUCCACUAUACAACGACAUUGUUUAUACUAUCUAUGGAAGCUUCCAAUCAGCCCUCCAAGCAUGCUUUAAAAUGCUUGGCAUCCAAAAGCUCAUAGAGAUGACCCGGCCGGAUGCCUAUUACAAUGACUUAGCUCGAUUGGACAUUGACUACACCUGGCAAGCCAUGCAAUUCGAUAAGCAAGAUGCGCUUAUGUGUGUGAAACCAGCAAACGGAGCAGAAGACACAUCUGCCGUAGUCUCGGGUCUCGUAAAUACUGGAAACUCGUGUUUCCUUAACUCUGUUCUACAAGCACUUUCCUCACUCCCGACGUUGCAUGCCUAUUUAACCCAACGCAGUCAAUCUGCUGUUGCUUGCAUUCCUCUGCCAGUUACUCGAGCACUCUUAAAAACUAUGCGGAAGCUCUCUAAACCGCUGUAUUGGCGUUCUUCAUUUAGACCGGCCGAAAUUGUGGCUACAAUGCCUUCAAAUCGUCGGGUGAUUAAUCGAGAACAGCAAGACGCUCAUGAGGUCUUCCAGCUACUGUCUAGUGCAAUUGAAGCCGAAACACAGAAGAUGGAGCAGUGUGAGAUAGGCGGUUUACAACAUGUGCUCGCGGAAACACUCUAUCCCAAUACCGUCAAUACCAAACUAUUCCCUACAACAUCCAAACCUCUAAAGUGUCCUUCGGUCAUUAAAGAAAUAACUCAUUCAGAUAACCCCUUAUCCGGGUUACUGGCCAACCGGUUGUCAUGUAUGCAUUGUGGCUAUACGGAAGCUAUUCGCCACUUUCCGUUCAAUAACAUUCAGCUAAACUUACCAAAUGCUUAUACAACCACUUUACAUGAAUGUCUUCAACAAUUUACAUCCAUGGAGUUUCUCAAGGAUGUCACCUGUCGGAAAUGCACUCUUGUUUCUACGGUCCAGGCUAUUUCAUUGGAUAUUAAACAAAUUUUAGAAAAAAAAAAUCUAAACGAGCAGUCUAAGAAUAAGCCCGAGAUUACCAAACAUCUCCCCAAACUUGAAAGUAUCAGGUUCGAGAUCAAGACCAGAUUAAGUCAGAGACGAAUUGAGGAAGAGGCUGAAGAUGUUGAGCUGUGGGGUAAGAGCAGCGACAAAGUACCUAUACUUCGAGCUACACGUCGUUUGUCAAGCAAGCAAGUAAUGAUUGCCAAACCACCGACAAUUCUUUGCCUUCACAUCUCAAGAUCGGCCUUUCAUGAAUCCGGGGCGCUUUAUAAAAACCUCUGCCAGUUGAGCUUUCCGGAGUAUCUCAAUCUAGCACCAUAUUGCACCAAUGGCACCCUGAAUACGACUCCAAAUGUCCCUAUAUCGAUAUUUUCUUCAGAGAACGAUACAUGCAAGUAUCGAUUGAUGAGUGUAGUGGUUCAUUAUGGAAAUCACAGCUACGGACAUUUCGUUACAUAUAAACGCCGACUAGUUUCCAAUACGUGCAGAUGUGAUGAAUGUGGAGCCAGAGAAGAAAAAUGGGAAGGAAAAGAUCAAUGGUACCGAGUGUCAGAUACAAAGGUGGAUGUAUGUUCACUUGAUACUGUUCUACAAGCUAAUCCAUACAUGCUACUUUACGAAAAAGUCGAAGAAAAGAGUCACCAACAUCAAAUCACAGUGCCAGCAAAACCUAAGCAAACAGUUGAUAAACAGCAGAAAUUACUCGAUACGCCGAUGAUGUAUUAUGGGGCAACUACAUCCGAUGCUGCUCUUGAAGCACUGCGAAUUUCUAAUGCAUUGCUGAUGAAUGACAAACAAUCUACCCUAAAUAAUCAUUCUAAAGAAUCUCCCAACUGGAUGAAAAAUCCAUCAAUAGCACACUUGAUGACUUUUUAA